UAAAACAGUAGUAAUUUUUCAAGUGUAGUAACAACUUGUCUUGUACUCUCACUUCACUCUUCAGUCGCCUUAGUCACUUCUUACGUUGUACUGUACCAGUUUCUCUUUCUCAUUCAACUAUGACGUGAUCUCAUCAUUUGGUACACUGACAAUUAACCCUAAAUCUUUAUUCUUAUUAUAUUUGUAAUAUUUAGUAUAAUUAUUCGUAUUACCAUAAUAAUGGCACCAAAAGGUAAAACGACCAAAAAAACAAGUUCUGUAGUCAAUUUAUACCUCCUUUCAUACAACUCUAUUCAAAUUGUAGGGUGGAGUUAUUUAUUGUAUCAAAUUAUUGACUUUUACUUGAACCCACCCAAAGAUCAGACUUUAUGGGAUGUUGUAAAAUAUACUGUUGGUAUUUUCCAAAAUGCAGCCUUUAUUGAGAUAUUUAAUGUUUCUGCUGGAUUCGUAAAAUCGAAUUUAGUUGUUACCAUUCAACAAGUAUUAUCUCGAGUCUCCAUAGUUGCCGCUUUAGUAUUUAUACCAGAGACGUCCGAUUCGCCUGGCUUGCCUUUAGCGUUGACAGCGUGGUGUUUCGCCGAAAUAACCAGAUAUUCAUAUUAUGCAUUCAAUAUCAUUGGUUUUAUUCCUUAUAUAAUAACUUGGGCCAGGUAUACUUUCUUCAUAAUUUUGUACCCACUCGGGGUAACUGGUGAACUAUUAGUGUAUUGGUCAUCAUUGGGAUAUGUAGAAAGAACAAAAAUGUGGAGUGUUGAACUUCCUAAUAGAUUCAAUUUUGCUUUUAGUCUAUGGACUGCAAUUUCCAUACUGAUGUUCAUUUAUAUACCACUAUUCCCACAAAUGUACAUGCACAUGGUUUACCAAAGAAGGAAAGUUCUUGGCACUCCAGACACCAAAAAAGUUCAGAAAAAAACUUUAGCAGACAUUAUCUAGACCAUCACUAUUACCAUCACUCAUGACUCAUCAUUAAACUAUUUUUCAAUGCACAUCUAAGUCAUUCUAAACCGUACACCUUCCAAAUAACACACUUAAAUCAGCCAUAGUUGAAUAAAUUUAAUAUUAAUCAUAGUUGAGAAAAAUCACAUUCACG